AUGAUAUCUCCAAGUAUAUCAGAUGUUUCAACAAGUAAAAGGAAUUUAGACUAUGCUGAAGGCGCAACUAACGCCGAAGCUAUUAAAACAACAGAAAGGAUGCACAGUUCUAAUGACAGAUCUGAAAUAGAACCUGCCGGUAAAAAAUUAAAAUUAUCAGGAGAAGCAAAUAAUAAUAAUAAAAAUAUGAACGGCAGUACUAGUAGCACUUCAAUUAAUGUAGAAAAUAAUGAAUCACAAGACAUUGGUUUUAGUGCCAAGCUAAAUUAUAAAAAUAAUGAGAGGGAUGUUUUAGCACCAAAUGAAGAUGUUGGAUUAAUCGAAAUUGGAAAGAACAUUGAAACAGGGAAAUAUAUUUUUCCUGAAAUUACGAAAGAGGAUUCCUUAAAUGCCCGAAUGUAUCUGAAGUACUAUGGCUUAACGAAAUUUUUGGAUUCAUAUUUACCAGAAGAUCUUAAUUCAUUAUAUAUAUAUUUCAUUAUUAAAUUACUAGGCUUUGAAAUUACUGAUAAUGAGAUAAUGACGGCAAUUUAUAAGCAUGUUGAGUCUGAUAGUGAACAUUUGAAAAACACACAAACUAAAAAAAUAUCACUUGAGAAUAUUGAUGACCCAUUGGAGAAAAAGCAUGUAGUACGUCUAAUAAAAGACUUACAAAAGGCAAUUAAUAAAAUUCUAUGCACAAGAAUCAGAUUAUCAUCAUUUUCUAAAAUUGACGAUUUUGUUGAAAAGUUGAAGAAUGCUAAUAAGAUUUUAGUUUUAACUGGUGCAGGUGUAUCUACCUCUCUGGGAAUUCCUGAUUUUAGAUCUUCAGAAGGUUUUUAUUCAAAAAUUCGAUACUUAGGACUUGAUGAUCCUCAAGAUGUUUUUAAUUAUGAUAUUUUCGUUCAAAACCCUUCUGUAUUUUACAAUAUUGCCCACAUGGUAUUGCCACCAGAAAAUAUGUACUCACCAUUACAUAGUUUUAUUAAAAUGUUGCAGGAUAAAAAUAAACUUUUAAGAAAUUACACUCAAAACAUCGAUAAUUUAGAAUCUUAUGCAGGUAUUAAUCCUGAUAAGUUGGUUCAGUGCCAUGGUUCUUUUGCAACUGCUUCUUGUAUUACAUGCCACUGGCAACUACCAGGUGAGAAAAUAUUCCAAAAUAUAAGAAAUGUUGAAUUACCUUUGUGUCCUUAUUGUUAUCAAAAGAGAAAAGAGUUUUAUCCAACAAUAAAUUUAGACACUGGUGAGAAUGCAAAUCAAUCAGAUCAAAUAAACUUAGAAACAAGUCAAAAGCGAUCAAAUUCUUCCUCUUCUCAUUUAUCUGCUACCCCACAGUACCAACCUCAACAAGCACUGGGGAAUAUUCCAAAAUCAUAUGGUGUCCUAAAACCUAUAUCACAUUUUUUGGUGAAUCAUUACCAUCAAAAUUCCAUAAGACAAUUAGAGAAGAUAUUUCCAAAUGUGAUCUUUUGA